GGAAUUGCACGUGCAAGCAUAACAUAACUGUAAUUCCGAAAAUUCACCAAUAAAAUUUAUAGGAAAAUCAAAAACGUUUUUCCAUUUAUAUUUUCUUAAACCCUAAAACUUCACCCAUAUCUAUAAGAUUCAUCACCUUGAAACUCAAAAAAUCAAUUUGGGAAUUCGUUCUUUAAUUAAUAAAUUUGGUUUCUCUCAUUAAAAAUUUGUAAUCUCUAUCUUUUUAUUUUUCUCUCAAAUGAUUUUGAUAAACUUUCUUAAACUGCCAUUUUUUAUUUGAUGGUAUUUUUUUAGAAUUCAGAAAAUCACUGUUUGCAACUUAAUUUUCGCUGUUUACUGAAUUUAGCGAAGUCGAAGAAUUAUUCAGGUUAAUCGCAGAGUUCGAGCUUCAGUGAGGUACUAUUUAGUCAAUUUUUUUUAGGGUUUUAGAGAAAUAAUUUGAACGAAUUUAUUAUUACCAUUUUAUUGAAUUGAUCAUCUUAGUAAUGUGUUAUAAAUAGUUUAGAUUGAACGGAAUUGAUGUGUUGUAGAACAAAUUUGAAGGAACUUUUCUGGAAAUUUAGUAUCAUACAUCUAAUUUAUUGACUUUGGAGUAGUUUAUUUUGUAAAAUUGCUGAUUUAUUACUUUUGAUUAACUUUUAAUUUAAUUUUUUUCUGCUAUACUGAGUAAUCGAAAAAUUUAAUCAAUUUUUUCAGAUUUUUGAUACUGGAAAUGUAAAUCAGUGAAAUAGUAAUAGUUGACAAGUUUAUGGAAGAUAUUAACCAAAAAUUUUAAUCAAUUUUUUAAGAAUUUUGAUACUGGAAAUGUAAAUCAAUGAAAUAGUAGUAGUUGACAAGUUUAUGGAAGAUAUUAACCGAAAAUUUUAAUCAAUUUUUUCAGAAUUUUGAUACUGGAAAUGUAGAUUAGUGAAGUAGUAGUUGACAAGUUUAUGGAAGAUAUUAACCGAAAAUUUUAAUAAUUUUUUCAGAAUUUUGAUACUGGAAAUGUAAAUUAGUGAAAUAAUAGUAGUUGACAAGUUUAUGGAAGAUAUUAAGGAUGGACAAGAUGAAUGGAGAGAUUUGGUGAUGAGUAGCAAUGAAUUAUAUCCAGGUUUUACACCUAAGAAUUGUGGUAGUGACCUUGAGAAAGAAGUUGAGAGCUUUUCCAAGUUUGAUUUGGAGUCCACAUUGUCUAAUGGUUGUCACGAUGAAUCGAAUUCAUCGAUGGUUAUCAAUGAUUCGGGUUUGAUUAAGAAUGGUAUGAGCAUAGCAGAGAGAAGGGCAACUAAGUGCGGAUUCAAUGCUUCAAAGAUCUGUGUUCCUUUAUUUAGGUGUAAUAGCUUGUUGCCAUCUUCGAAUGCUUUAUGCUCGCCUUAUGUUACAGUAUCAUCCGAUAGUAGUCCACACACAUUGAUUGACUCUCCAAUUUUGCUGCCAAAUUCACAGUUAUCUCCGACUACAGGAACUUUUGCAUCACGCCGCCCUGAUGGAGACGGUCAUAUGUCAACGUCUACAUCACCUGCGCAUGUCGACAAGGGAAGUGAUGGUGGUUCUGCCAUGUUCAAGCCUUGUACUGACACCACUUCUUUGGCAUGUUUCCAUGAUGUAGAUAAUCAGGUUUCUUCCACUGGUGAUUUGGCAGCGAAUAUCAACUGUCAAUCUCUAACCUCUGUGCAUCCCCCAGCGGACUUUAAAAUUCCUCUGCGGCUUUGUAAUGAUGUGGGCAUGGAUAACCAUGAUGAAUUACUACCUGACAGAAAACUUUCAGGACUGACUGUGAAUCCAAAGUCAUCUACUUAUCAACCAUGUGACUCAAACAUUGCAGCCUGUCUUCAAAUGCCACACGAAAAUGGGACUUCUGUGCAAGAUGAUUCAGGGAUUCGUGAUUACUUGGACAGAGAGCAGAAUGAAAUUUCUCCUUACACUGGGUCUGUAAGAAUUGCAGAAGAUGGCUACAAUUGGAGAAAAUAUGGACAGAAACAAGUCAAGGGAAGUGAAUAUCCUCGGAGUUACUAUAAAUGUACUCAUGGAGAUUGUCAAGUGAAGAAGAAGGUUGAACGUUCUCAUGAUGGCCAAAUUACAGAAAUCAUUUACAAGGGUGCCCAUAAUCAUUCAAAGCCUCAAUCUUAUCGGAAGUCAACAUUAGGCUCAUCGACACCAUUUAAUGAGAUAUCAAAAAUAGGUGAUGGUAGUGGCUCUAGUGUGAAAGCUAAUAGUGGCUCAGUUUGGAGAAAUAUACAACAGGGAUAUACAGAUGUUGCAUCUGACUGGAAAAUUGAUGGGUUGGAGAGGACAUCACCAACAUCUGUGGUGACUGAAGCUUCUGAUCCACUUUCAACUACUCGAGGAAAGCAAACAGGUGUGCUGGAAUCAGCAGGAACACCAGAGUUCUCAUCAACGAUGGCUAGUCAUGAAGAUGAUGAAGAAGACGCUGCCACAAAAGGGAACUUUGUGAUUGCACACGAAUGUGAAAACGAACCAGACUUGAAAAGAAGGAAGAAAGAUGGUUGUUUUGUUGAGACAACUCUCGGUUCUAGGGCUGUCCGUGAACCAAGAGUUGUUCUCCAGUUAGAGAGCGAUGUAGAUAUACACGAUGACGGGUAUCGUUGGCGCAAGUAUGGGCAAAAGGUUGUCAAGGGAAAUCCGAAUCCUAGAUGUUCACUUGGAUUAUUUCAGAGGUGUCUUCUUAAUGGAAAGACGGACAUCAGAAUUCGAGAGCCAUGGAAACAGCUAGCUUGGCGUUCCACCUGCAACAUGACAUUUAUACCUGAUUUCUACAUUUCCGCUCCCUAUUCAUGAUGGAAUUUUUUUUUUUAAGAAAAAAUUACUCCAAUAUUUGGUUGUUUUUCACAUUUGUUCCAUCAAUUGGUUGUUCUUCACAUUUGUUCCAUCAAUUGGUUGUUUUUCUUUUGUUUCUCACAGCUAUAGUUACCAAACAGCAAAGUACACUUCAGAGAUAACACUAGAGCCUCGAAAGUGGUGCCUUUAUUUUGUCUAGAUAUAGUUGAUGUUUGUUAGUUUGUUCCUCGAAAGCUUAUUCAUUAUUGUUUCUAAGAUAGUAGUUCCUUGCAUUAUCUCAUUAAUUAUGUACUGAUUAAGGAUUGCUUAUACAAGUUACAAAGACAACAUUCGCAUUUAAUCGAGAUUAAGGAUUGCUUCUCUUAGUUACAACGACAACAUUAGCAUUAAUUGAGAUUAAGGAUUGCUCCUCCAAGUUACAAUGACAACAUUAGCAUUAAUCAAGAUUGAAAAUUCCUUCUCCAAGUUACUAUAACAGCAUCAGCAUUAAGAGUUUGCAGCUUACACUCGUUGCCGCUUGCCGGCACAGGUGAGGUGAAUGGUGAAUCUUUCUGUUAAAAACAUAUGUGAUGAUGUAUAAGAGUAAAAAUAAAUAUUUCAUAUACUGAGCUUUUCUGUUUGCCAUCUUUUCCAGAAAUGAGCAAAUUAGCAAUCUUUAACAUACUAAACAACAUUACUAAAAGCAAGAUUUUAGCCCAUUGUUUCAUCUGCAGAAUGUUACAACAAAGCAAAUUUCUUAAAUGUAAAUCCAGAAAGAUUAUUCUUCCCCUCAAGAAUCUGUGGAAUGCAACAUCCUUCCUACUGCCUCCACAAUCUUGAUUCACACUCAUAGCUUUCAAUUCACUAAUGAAGCACAAAAACCUCUAAGACGUGAAAUUUCCCUGCUUCCGAAAUGUUUACGUUCCUGAAAUUCGAAUAUUAGCACGAAAAUUGCUAGAACCUAAGGUUUCCCUGAUUCAAAGAUAAUAUCUAUACACAACUAUUCUAUAUAUUGCAUACCUUUCCAUCUUUUCCACCAUCAUCAAACUACUUGUUUUUGCUACCUAUAGUAUAAGACAGCAAAAUUUCCAUCAACAUAAUAGUCUAUCUCUUCCCAUCUUAUCAAUGAGGUCCAAAUUUACAUAACUUAUCAUCACAUCAUAAAACAUCAAAAUUAUAAACCCUACAAUUCAAAAAUCAACCAAAAACAAGAAAUUUAGAAAAAGUGACGAACUUUGAGGAUCUGAACUUUAUUGAAACAAAAGUACAGCCCCUAAUUAUACAAUUUUUUGAAAGACAUGAAAAAACUCCCAAAUAUUUCAAAGUACCAUCAACAGCAACAAAAAUCAACAAAAAUUAAACAUUGUUUUUCUCUCUCCUCAACUCAUCUCAUCUUACCCACAUCUUUAUCUCACAUAAUCCCAACAACCCAUCACAUAAUUCCACAAACUACUAAAGACCCACAUCACAGAAUUAGAUUUCAACUUCAAAUUUCAUAAAAAAAAAAAACAAUAACAAAAAAUUAUUUCUUCAAACUACCACGAAUCCCAGGUUUAGGUUUGU